UUUCAUUAGUCCAUUGUUGAUACAGUCCCAAAAUGGUUUGCAUGUCAGCAAUCAAGUUAAUGUAUGUACAUUUCAAAAUACAGAACUAUAGCCCGUAUGCUACAUUUUUCAUUAUGGCAUUAUGGGGUAUUGUGUGUAGGCCAAUGACAAAAAAAAAUCUUAAUUUAAUCAAUUUAAAAAUCAGGCUGUAUCAUAAAAGAAUGUCAAGGGAUGUGAAUACUUUCACUGUAAUCAAAAUAAAACUUGUUUAUUUAUUAUCCUAGUGUGAAAUAGGCCUCAUGUGAAACCAUUUUCAAAAGUGCAAGAGAUACUAUUGCAUGUAGGCCUAGAUUAUUUAUGGAUUGAUCAUGUGGAAAUAUCAAAACAGUAUUUGAACAUAUCCAAAGCAAUUGCAUGUGGCACAGGAAUCACUGACUCUCUGCAUUUUUCUAUUAUCAAGACACCUGCUGGUUAAUCUUAAAGAGUGACUACCCAUAAAAACCAACGAAUAAUUUUGAAAACGGCCUAUGUCUAUAUGAGUCAGAAACAUUUAUUAUAGUCUCAAAUUUGACGAAGUGUAAAUAGGAUAAUUUUUGUGAGUCUCGUCUAAAAUUGAGUUCAAAACCUCACAAAGAGUAAAUUAAGGUUGGGUUUGAUUUUACAAUUAUGUCAAGAAAUCAUGCCCCCUUUUGCCAAGCUCUACGUGCAAAUCCACUUCAUUGAAUGGGGCCUUGUGUUUCAUCGCCCCCCCAACCAAUGCGUCCAAGAGAUCACGGCCAUUUGAGACUGAAAAACCCUAUUCGGAUUGACCAUGUAAUGCAUGCUUCCAGCAGGAUGCACUGCCAACAACUAUGGUUUGCAUGCCCUGCCGAAGGAGCCAAUCAUCAUGCGGAAUACGUGGUUGGAGUUCGUUGUGCACAGUUGGGUGUCAGACUGAUCCCCUGGUCAUGAAUGGAUGCAUGGGACCUACCAGAAGGAGAAAAGAGCUUGUCAGGCAAGACCUCAGUCUCCCUCUGUAAAAAGGACACGCCAUCAUGAGGCCUCUGAUAGUGGCCAGAGUUACUGCCCUGAUGAAACAGACGGCUUCAUCAACAAUGACAGGCCCUCCCAGUCAACACCCCUUCAUACGAUUUCCUGCUGUAGUUGUUUGAGAGAUGUCCAGUCUGAAGCCGAAUACGCAGCAUCGAGAAGACCAGCAAGGGGGCAAUCAUAUGCAUCAUGCCCUCGCUGUGAGCAUUACUAUGAAUGGGACAGUCAGCCACAUGUUGGCAAGUUUCUGGCCUGCAACCUUCACCUGUCAGUGGCAACAGCUUUCACAGGCUCAUCAUUUGUACAAAUAGAGAAGUAUCUUUGAUGAGGGGCCAGGAUCUGAUCUACGCUGCUAUGCUAUGCUCAUCAAUGGCAUGAAAAUGUAAAAUGUAAUGGGUCUCUGGCAAAGACCUCGCCUCUUGCCUGCUCACCAACAGUCGUUGAUGGGGAGAAAAUAAUUAGGUCCCUGCAUAUGAUCUACCAUGGAGAAAGUGCUCAGCAGCCUCCUGCUUCUGGGAACCGCAGUGAUGAUGGCCCACGCAUGCCCCAAGUACUGUGUCUGUCAGAACCUGUCUGAGUCCCUGGGUACCCUCUGCCCAUCCAAAGGCCUGCUCUUCGUGCCUCUGGACAUAGACCGGCGGACCGUAGAGCUCCGCCUGGGCGGCAACUUCAUCCUCAAGGUCACACCGCAGGACUUUGCCAACAUGACGGGCCUGGUGGACCUCACCUUGUCCCGCAACACCAUCAGUGCCAUCCUGCCUUUCUCCUUCCUCGACCUGGAGACCCUGCGCUCCCUGCACCUGGACAGCAACCGCCUGACCGAGCUUGGACCGGACGACCUGCGUGGCCUUGUCAACCUGCAGCACCUCAUCCUCAACAACAACCAGCUCAACUGCAUCUCCAAGGUGGCUUUUGACGAUCUGAUGCUGACACUGGAAGACCUGGACCUGUCCUACAACAACUUGCAGGGUGUACCUUGGGAGUCCAUCUGCAAGAUGGUCAACCUCCACCAGUUGAGUCUUGAUCAUAACCUCAUCUCGCACAUUGCAGAGGGGACAUUUACGGACCUGGACAAGCUGGCGCGCCUGGACCUCACGUCCAACCGGCUCCAGAAGCUCCCGCCAGACCCCAUCUUCUCCCGUUCCCAGACUAACUUAAUACUGACCACUCCCUAUGCCCCUCAGCUUUCCCUGAGCUUUGGGGGAAACCCCCUGCAUUGCAACUGUGAAGUGCUUUGGCUCCGGAGGCUGGACCGAGAGGACGAUAUGGAGACCUGCGCUUCCCCUCCCAGUCUAAAGGGACACUACUUUUGGUACGUGCGGGAAGAAGAGUUUGUCUGUGAACCACCCCUGAUCACCCAACACACGCACAAGUUGUUAGUCCUGGAGGGCCAAACAGCUAGCCUGCGCUGCAAAGCUAUCGGUGACCCAAUGCCGAUCAUACACUGGGUCGCCCCAGACGACCGUAUGAUUAGCAAUUCGUCCCGAGCGACUGUGUACGAUAAUGGCACCCUGGAUAUUACCAUCACCACGUCCAAGGAUUACGGCACCUUCACUUGCAUCGCAGCCAACGCAGCAGGGGAAUCAACCGCCUCUAUAGAACUGUCCAUCAUUCAACUGCCACACCUCAGCAAUGGUACCAACCACACCGCACAGCCCAAGUCCCGGCUCUCGGACAUCACCAGCUCUACCAAGACCAGUAAGGGGGAGUCCAAGCCUGUACCGGAAAAGAUGGUAUCUGUAUCGGAGGUGUCUGCAUCCUCUGCUCUGGUCAAGUGGACUGUUAGCAAAACAGCACCCAAGGUCAAGAUGUACCAGCUCCAGUACAACUGCUCCGAAGAUGAAGUCCUGAUUUACAGGAUGAUUCCCGUGGCCAGCAAAACCUUCUUAGUCACCAACCUGGUCCAAGACAUGCAGUAUGACCUAUGUGUCCUGGCUAUCUGGGACGACACCGCCACCACCCUAACUGCCACCAACGUAGUGGGCUGUGUGCAGUUCAUCACCCGUGACAACUACCCGCAGUGCCAGUCCCUCCAAAGCCAGUUCCUGGGCGGCACUAUGAUCCUGGUGAUCGGUGGCAUCAUUGUGGUCACGCUCCUCAUCUUCAUCAUCAUCCUCAUGGUUCGGUACAAAGUGUGCAGCAGCCCCCAGUCCAGCAAGCUGCCAGUGGUUAGCAACACGUACUCCCAGACCAACGGUGGGAGUACACAGGUCAAACCUCAGAUCACAACCACAGUGGUGGUAAUGCGGGAUGAGAUGGUGGAAUUCAAAUGUGGCUCGCUCCAGAGCAGCCUCUCCUCGUCUUCAUCUGACUCGUUGGACAGUCGCAACACUAGAGGCAGAUUAGGAAACGAGGACCAGUACAGUCUUCGAGACAUCGAGUUCAGCACACUCCCCAGCACCAGUAAUUGGAGGAGGCACAGGGGGCCAUCAUCAGCCAAGGCUAGGCCCAACUUAGACAACCUUUUAGGGGCCUUUGCCUCACUGGAGCUCCGGAGCUCAGCUACGGCUAGGGACCAAGGGGCAUCUUGUUCCUCCACCACCACCUCCAGUGCAUUGGUGGCUGUGACCAUGGCCCCUCCGUCUGACAAGGAACCCUUGCUGGGCCGAGCCGAGUCCACUACCAUGCUGGGGCGUUUUCUAGGCCUGCCCCAGGAAGGGAAGCCCAAGAGGAGCCACUCAUUCGACUAUGGCCACGUGGGUAGCAGCGGUGGCGCACAGAGCCUCAGCAACUACCCCCGUCACAUCAGCAACAUCUGGACUAAGAGGAGCCUGUCGGUAAAUGGGAUGCUACUGCAGUACGACGACAGCGAAGACGGUGAGGGCGAAAAGGCACCAUUCGAGAGCUCAGAGUGGGUGAUGGAGAGCACUGUUUGAACACGGGUUUAUGUCGGAUCACGAGGUCAAAUGUCAAAAGAGAAACAGACUUUACAGAAAAAAACCAAGGGCCCAAAGAAUUAUUUGGAAUAAUACCUCUGGGUCAUCCACAGCGCUGUACUGCAUGAAGUUCAUCCAUGUGAAUACUAUUUAUUGUCCUUCUGUCCAUGUAAUUCUACCGAAACAAACACUCAGGUUGGUUGUUCCUAAGACCGUAGAAAUCAAUCGACAGGGUUGGCCACGCUCUCAGUUCGCUGGCAGGGAAGACUGUCCUUAACCACAUUUGAAAAAAUGUAUGCAUUACGGAACAAAGCCCCUAUGGAAUUGUGCAGAUACAGCAUACAGUAUAUGGAAUAAUGCCCGAACCCUGGGAAUUAAUGUGGGAGUAUCUUUGAGAAACAGGGGAAAUAAAGGCGAGGAAUUCAAAGUGGAUAUCCUGUGUAUUUAUCUUUCGAGCUCUUUGCCAAGGGGAUUUUCCUGAGACUGACAAAGUAGAUGUGCAUCACAAUGCUUUAGACCAGGGCUCUCCAACCCUGUUCCUGGAGAGAUACCCUCUGUUGGUUUUCAAUCCCACCCCAGUUAUAACGAACCUGAUUCAGUUUAUCAACUAGCUAAUUAUUAAUAAAGUGCACUAGAUUAGGGUUGGUUUGAAAACCUACAGGACGGUAGCUCUCCGGGAACAGCGUUGGAGAGCCCUGCUUGAGACUCUCAGCAUGAAAAUGGGACUUCUUCAGUAGAAGCAAUGGGAGAGCAAAUGUGUAACAAAAUGAAUAAUUUUUCAUGUUUCCUUUUGUUGUUUAUAUAAUUUGUACUAUUUAUUUUAGAGGUCACCAUUGAGUUCCACUUUAUGAGUAAAGAAACAAAACAAUAUAAAUGAUGGUCAAUCAAGAAUAAUGUACUAUAUCGUCACCCAGUCCCCUCAGAAAGACAACAUUUCAUAACAGCCUAGUUUCUAUUUUGGCACAAACAUAAAGGAAAUCUUAGAUGUACACUAUCUGAUAACCCUGGUCAUUUAUUUCAAAACAUCAAUGGUUGGUUCAUUAGGGGAGUUGUGAUAAUAAAAUAUGUGGAGGUUGACUUUCAAACUAGUCACAUUUUCUACCUCAGGUUCUAAAUUAUAUGAAAUACAUACUCUGAAUAGAGUGGAUUAUUUCAGAAAUAGUAUAUCAUAUGAAAAUAAUCUUCCUUAUUUGUCAAUUUCCUGGGGAAUCACUCAAUACAAUUAUCAAUCAAAAUCCCUGUUGGUGUAUAGGCCAUUGAUAUGUUUCCCCAGGAUGAUACACGAGCCAUGUGUUACACAGUAGAGACUUAUUGGCGACGCUCAACAAUUUAAAUUAAUGUCAUCAUACUGCUAUAAUCCAAUUAAUGAAAAAUGUAUUUAAUACAAAAAGGGAAAGAGAACGAUAUUCAUCUACAAAUGUAUAAAUAAUUAUACAGUUUAUGUCUGAAUACACAGAACCAUGUUGGUUUGUUUAAGUUAAAAUAUCAAACGUCUGAAUUUAUUGUAUUCAUUUGGAGUUUGGUUUAUUUUCUCAUUUCAUCCUCUAAUAUUAGUCUAUUGUCUCCACGUUACAGUAACAGACUGUGACUGGAUAUGUAUGAAGUUGCAUAGGAACGUGAUGAAUUAUAAAAUGAGUUUCUAUCUGAACUACUGCCUAUGUGAUCAACUCGUGUGCAGAUUCUGAUGCCUUUUAAUGUUCUCUUUGACUCUCUGCUGCAUUACAAUAUUGUUUUUUUUUCAUAUUUUUUUAUUUGUUACUUCUCUUGGUGUAUACUGUUCCGUAUAUUGACAUUUUUUGUACAAUAACUAUGGGUGAGAAUGUAAAAGGGAUACUGUGCAGUGGUACUUUUAUUUUGUGGUUCAGUAAAAGUGAGAAGGUGCUUUACUGUGGUUUUAUAACAUGGAAUGUGUUUAGUUGGCGCAAUGGAAGGUGACGCUGUAUAACGGUGCAAAUAGAAAUCUGGAAUAAACCUGUGUCUGUUAUAGAUAUUACAAUUCUACAUUCAAUUUUGCGCGGUCACCUUCCAUUUUGCUAAUCAACAACAACCCUAUAAGUGUGUACAUGACGUGAGAAAGUCAUGAUUCUGACCUGAGGUUGUAGAAAAAAGAAAACAAUGAAUAUGUGUUUAAACAUUCUUGCUACAAAAGAAGAUAAAAUAUGAAGAAUUCCUAUUAA